GGCCAGGUGCCCCGGAUGUAACUCUGGCGAAAGCAUCUCUCAUUUUCUCCCCUGAGCCUGCUCUGGAUCCCCAGGAGAAAUGUUUGUUGUGCCAGGGUUCCUCUGGCGGUGAGUCCCCGCCCCUUCAUCUGGUUCCCUUACUCUGCGUCCUUUUCCUCGGCUCAGCUUGAGGAAGGCCCUUCUGUCCCGUCAUGCCAAAGAGGAAAGUGACCUUCCAAGGCGUAGGAGAUGAGGAGGAUGAGGAUGAAAUCAGUGUCCCCAAGAAAAAGCUGGUGGACCCUGUGGCUGGGACAGGGGGUCCUGGGAGCCGCUUCAAAGGCAAACACUCUUUGGACAGUGAUGAGGAGGAUGAUGAUGAUGAAGGUUCUAGUAAAUAUGACAUCCUGGCCUCAGAGGAUGUAGAAGGUCAGGAAGCAGCCACACUCCCCAGUGAAGGGGGUGUGCGGAUCACACCCUUCAACCUGCAGGAGGAGAUGGAGGAAGGCCACUUUGAUGCUGAUGGCAACUACUUCCUGAACCGGGAUGCUCAGAUCCGAGACAGCUGGCUGGACAACAUUGACUGGGUGAAGAUUAGGGAGCGGCCACCUGAUCAGCAUCAGGCCUCAGACUCAGAAGAGGAAGACAGUGUGGGCCAGACACCAAUGAGUGUCCAAGCCCUCCUGGAGGGACUUCUGGAGCUGCUUUUGCCUAAAGAGACAGUGGCUGGAGCACUGCGGCGUCUGGGGGCCCGAGGAGGAGGCAAAGGGAGCAGCAAAGGGCCCGGGCGGCCCAGUUCUCCCCAACGCCUGGACCGGCUCUCGGGGUUGGCUGACCAGAUGGUGGCCCGGGGCAACCUUGGCGUAUACCAGGAAACAAGGGAACGAUUGGCCAUGCGGCUGAAGGGUUUGGGGUGCCGGACCCAGGGACCCCAUGACCCCACACCCCCGCCCUCCCUGGAUAUGUUUGCUGAGGAAGUGGGAGAAGGGGAGCUGGAGACCCCAACUCCAGUCCAGAGAGGAGAGGCAGAGUCACCAGGAGAUGGUCUGGUGGAUGUGAUGUGGGAAUAUAAGUGGGAGAACACAGGGGAUGCCGAACUGUAUGGGCCCUUCACCAGUGCCCAGAUGCAGACCUGGGUGAGUGAAGGCUACUUCCCAGAUGGUGUUUAUUGCCGGAAGCUGGACCCCCCGGAUGGUCAGUUCUACAACUCCAAACGCAUUGACUUUGACCUCUACACCUGAGCCUGCUGAAGGCCCAAUUUGGUGGCCCCUUCUUUCCUGGACUUUGUGGAGGAGGCCCCAGCUGCCUCAGGCAGUUGAGGAUAUUGGAGACCACUUUUUGGUCAAUUUCCUUUUCCCAAUAAAAGCCUUUAGUUGUAUUAGGGCCUUGGCUAGGAUGAUGGCCAGAAGCCAGGGGCCUUCUCCACAGCCUCUUUGGACUUGCCUCAGACCUUGAGUGUUUCCCCCUGUGAAGUUCCUCCUUGGAAGUGUCUCUGGUGUACUGAACCACCUCAUCUUAGUUUACUGCUCUUAAGGGCAGAGCCACGGCCUCUCAGGUGUCCUGUGGCCUCCCCACCUGAACUCUGCUUGCCAUGUAGACUCCCCUUCACUUGUACUGUGUUCUCCAGUCUUCUCUGGGGGUUCUUGUUUUGUUGCUCUUAGAUCUUUGGCUUUCAGGAUCUUUUGUCCUUGCAGCCACCUGCAGAUAGAGGCCCAGAGGUGGAGAUUUUAGACCUGGAAGGGCUGGGACAUCUAGAAGAUGGUGGGACCUGUCAGGGGUGAGCAGGAAGCCUCUUUGACAUUGGACAGAAAUGGGAUGGGUGGGCCAGGAUCAUCGGGAUCCUUAUGACUCUGAGAGCCAGUGUCUUCCCUAAUCUGGUUUUUCCACUGUCCUUGCAGUAGUUCCCACAGCCCUUAGGUAAAGUGCAAACUCAGGCUGGCUCUUGAAGGGUACUUUGAUGCCACCUGGGCCAACCAUGCAUUGUAUAGGCACAGAGAGGGGCACUGACUCACUGGAGGUCACACAGUGAAUCAGAGGGCUGGCUCAGACCCAGUGGGCUCCUUUCCCAGAACUUUCUUGGCACAGAGUCUUUUCUGCAUGACUUUUAGGCCCCGAAGCUUACAUUCUCUGGGCUCUCACAAUGUGCCUGGCACAGGGCUAGUGCCUUGAGGAAAUUGGGGUAACUGGGCGGUCCCCUUCCAGGAAUUCAGUCUAGUGGAGGAGGGCAUGGGAGACAGGUAUUAUUCUGUAGCCUAGAUCUAACAUCCUCCACUCCCCACCAGUGCUGCCUUAUGCUGCUUCUCCCUUGUACCCAGUGAGAUUGUUUCUUCUACCUUAGCUGCCCAUUGGAAUCUCCUGGGGAGCUGUAACAGCUCGGAGAUUGUCCUUGAGUUGGUCUAGGUUGCAGCCUGGGCAUUGGAUCUUUCAAAAGCUCCCCGGGAGUUUUCAAUGUGCAGCCAGGCUGAGAACCACUGAGCCUGAAUCCCAUGACUGAGGCACACCUGGGGAGAGGGGUGGUUCCUGAACCCUGCUGUGGUUACAGAGCUGAACAUGGGUGUGGCUCUGGUGGGGACCAUUAGUUACAAAGGAUCUGAGCAUCAGAGCUGCAGGACACACAGGAGCCCAGAGUUGAAGGAACCAGACUAGGAACUAGGAAAGGGAAGGCCUGGGGACUAGGCUGUGAUAGCGCUAACUCUCUAGUAAGGCUCACUCUAGUGCCAGCCAAGACCAGAAUUUUAUUGAUUCCAUGAAGCCAUCAGUGGUAUGAUACCUUACUCUCCCUCUGUCUCCAGGACAGGAAAAACCUGCCAGUUACAGUUGUUAAGUUGUCAUGAAUUAAAAGAUUCAUCUUAAUUUCAGAAAUGUCUAAAAGUGAAAAAGCAGGUAUCUUGGGAUCACUGAAAUACAACGUUCACCUUUGUAUCUGCAGUGGCUGUCUCUUGGGAGGUGCUAAGUUAGUGUUUGGAGAUGCCAGGAGGUAUCUCCCCCUGGGUGUCCUCCAAGCACCUCACACUUGGUCCAUCCAAUGCCGACUUCAUCUUCCGCUCACAGCCUCUUCCUGAGUGCGCCUCACUGAUGACCCCCUGUGAUAAGCAGAAUAAUAGCCCCCAAGCAUCUUCACGUCCCAAACCUCAGAACCUAUGAAUAUGGUACCUUACGUGACAGAAGGAACUUGUCGUUUUGGUUAAGUUAAGCAUUUUGUGGUGGGGAGAUGACCCAUGUUUAUUGAGGUGGGCUCCAUGUAAUCAUGAGGUCCCUUCUAGGUGGAAGAGGGAAACAGGAGGAUCAUGGGAGGGGGCGGAUGCUGCACUGCUGGCUGUGAAGAUGGAAGAAGGGGCCUGGGCCACAGGAUGCAGUGGCCUGUGAAACUGGCAGAGGCAAGGGAUUCUUCCUCAGAGCCUCCACAGGGAAAUACAACCCCCGACGUGACUUCAGUCCAGCAAAAACCAUUUUGGACUUCUGACCUCUAGAAAUGUAAGAUAAUACAUUUGUGUGGUUUUAAGCCUC